AUGCCCUCGCACAUCUCCGCACGCUCGCUCAACGUCCUCGUCGCACUGACCGAUCCUUCCGCUUUCAAGUUUGGCUGCGCAGUCGUCGCACGCCUGAACCGUCUCCACCAUGUCUCUCUCCGCGUCGUCGCUUGCAAUGAUUUCCCCACGUCGGCGCACUACAACGUCCCCUCGUACCUAGAACCCGCCUGGCACACGUAUAAUGUACAAAGCAAUGCUGUGCCUGCAUGGCAGCAUGAGGAUUUUCUGGAAGAGAAGGUGGCUGAGUACUGCUCGUGGGCAGACUUGCUGGUCCUCGCGCCACUGAAUGCAGAGAAUCUGGCUCAGAUGCUUCAUGGCCUGACAAGCAACCUACAUCUCCACAUACUGCGCAGCUGGGAUGUUUCCAAGAAGAUCAUGCUCAUACCGGCCAUGUCAACCCUCAUGUGGGAGAACCCCAUGUCGAAGAAGCAGAUCAGCAAGAUCCGACGCAAGUGGAACUGGAUUCGCGUUCUUCCUCCUUUUCUGUGGUCAUUUGACCAGGCCGGUCGCAAGUAUCAGCCAUGGGCAGGUCAUAAAGACUUCAAUGAAUCAAUACAAACACAAAUCGAUCUCAUGGCUGUCGGUGACCGCACAAUCGCACUGCCAACAGCACACAUGCCCACACUCACACCAACAAAGAGCAAAGGACCCCGGCUUCCUCCGGAGCUCUGGUCUAUCAUCCUAGAGUUUACGCUGGAUUGGGAACUAGCUACCACCCUUAAUGUCCACACAAACUUACCCACACCCCCAGAGUGGCGCCAAGCAGCCAGCGAGGAGGGGCCUAAAACACAGAUGCAGAAACUGGAGUGGGCGCUUCUCACGACUCCCUAUGCCGAGAUCAACAGUCUGCUCGACUCGGAAAGAUAUACCCGCAUAUCGCGUCUCUGCAUCGAGCUCAUCAUGCGCUUUGCGAUGGUCCCUGUCCUCACCCAUCUGGAACACUACCACAAAGACCUCUUCUGGGGCACCUUUGGCCACACCUUCCUCCCGCACAAAGCCUCCGUCUUCGGCAAAACCGAGAUCCUCGAGUACUGGCGUACCUCGCCCACCUUCCUCACCAAAGAAUACUCGGCCGAAGCCAUGGACAACGCCAGCCGUACCAACUCUGUCCGCGCCCUCGACUGGUGGUACUCCUCGGGCUUACCCUUGAAAUACACCGAAGCCGCGCUCGAACAAGCCAGUUCCCAGGGCCACAUCGAGGUGCUGAAGUGGUGGAAAGAACACUCGCGCUAUCGCUCCACGCCCGACCCGCCUCCUUCCCCAGGCUCAGAAAACAAAUCCCAGAGAGACCUCCUCAAACUCAAAGUCGGCAAAUCAAUCACCUACGCCACCCAAUCCGGCUCCCUGCCCAGCAUUCACUUCUGGGUCGAUUCCUCCAUCCCCUUUUCGCACGAAGACACGAUUGCUAAAAUCGCUUCCACACACGGGCACACGCCUAUCCUCGACUACUGGCGCAAGCUGCGAGGCGAGAAAAUGCUAUUCGACAAUCAGGUCCUCGUGGGCCCUACGAAAAUGGGGCAUGCGGGUGUGUUGGAGUGGUGGAAGCGCAGCGGCCUCAAGGUCGAAUACAAGACGUGUGACAUCGAGGAGGCGUUGGAGGAUGGGGUUGAGGGGGAGAGGGGAGAGAGCGUCCGCAGGUGGUGGGCGCGGAAUGGGUUGAAUCUUGGGGUCGGGACGAGUGAGUGGAUGAGGGUUAAGGUGUUGGGGAGCUGGUAG